UUCAUGAGAAUGAGACCUAGAGUUAAGGUUCUCCGAAGAUCCAAAAUAUUUUCAUGUUUUCUUCGGGGAAAAAUUGAUUUUUCAAGGAUUUCUCAAAAGCUUCGGUGAACCAUUUCGAGGAGAAGAUGUCGAUAACUUCACAGUUGCUGGCUUCAGGUGUCAGCGGUGUUAAAUCAUGUCUUUUGAAGGCUUCGACCGAACAAAUUGUCACCGUGAGGAAUGCGGCGAAAAAGGCAGGAACCUCGACAAAAAAUCGAGGGGGUAAUUGCAGACGACCUAAGCAUAGAGGGUGGAAAGUGCAGGAUGGACAUUAUGUCCAAGCUGGAACUCUGUUAGCAACCCAGUUGACUACCAGAUUUCAUCCCGGUCUUCACGUGGGUUUCGGAAAAAAUGCAACAUUAUUCGCCAUUGAAUCUGGACGAGUAGUUGUAACGUGUGAGAAAGUCGACCUCAACUGGGAUCACACGUGGAUUCAGAGGUGCUACAGUGGUCGUGAGGGCCAAUCCUUCUAUAAAAAACACUUUAACGUCAUCCCAGAGAAGCAACACGAUCGUUUCAAGCUUGUUGACGCCAUUUAAUCCGUGAUAAUUAUGAUAAUCCACUAUCAACUAUUAAAUUUGUAAUUAGGAUCUAAAUACAAUUGAAGUCAUCAAAAUUCCAAA